AAACCCACGUUAUCCGCAGGGGCGCAAACCCCCUUCCAUCUCCAGCCCCAUCCACCAUGGCGCUUCACACUGUCUCAGGCAUCAAGCUCCCGCCCUUCUCUCCCCCGCCUCCCCACCACCACCUGGGCGCGAGCCCCAGCGGCGGCAACCUCUACGCGGCCAGCGCAUUCCCGCGACGCCGAUGCGGCGGGCUCGCCGCCGUCGUGCGCUGCGCGAGGCGCACGGGCAAGCGGCGGUACCCGUCGGAGAAGAAGCGGCUGGAUCGGCGCCACAAGGAGCAGCUCCGCCAGACCGCCCCCGAGGAGGGCGGCGUGGCCCGGGAGGCUGGCUUCUGGCGCCUCUCCAAGCUCGCCGUCCCCGCCAGCGACGACCCCGGCAAGGACUUCCUCGGCGUCUCCCCGCCGCUCCUCCAGGCCAUUGCCAAGGCCCUCAAGUUCCCGGUCGCUUCUAUGCUCCCUGAAGAGGCCUUCUCUGUUAUCCGCAAGUCAUUUGAUGCACGCAAGAUUUUGAAAGAACCUCAAUUUGUUUAUACUGUUGAUGUGGAUGCUAAGAAGCUUCUGGACAUGGAGCCAAGGACAUGGGAUUUUAUUGCUAGAUUGGAACCCAGGCUUGGAAUUGUAGAAUAUAUGUCCGAUGAGAGGGUAGCAGCUGAUCUGAUCAGUAUGCUUAAUGUUCAUAACAAAGUCUCCGAUGAUGAACAUGGUAUCAGGGAUACUGUUAAUAAUGGCUCGAUCAGUCCUACACGAAUGAAACCAAGGGUGGCAAUUGUAGGAAGUGGCCCAUCUGGGUUGUUUGCUGCCCUUGUGUUAGCUGAACUUGGAGCAGAAGUUACCUUAUUGGAGCGUGGCCAACCUGUUGAGCAAAGAGGGCGUGACAUUGGUGCACUAGCAGUUAGACGAAUUCUCCAAUCAGAAAGCAACUUUUGCUUUGGCGAGGGUGGUGCAGGUACAUGGAGUGAUGGGAAGCUUGUGACCAGGAUAGGGAAAAACACUGAUGGUGUUCAGGCUGUGAUGAAAACAUUUGUUCAUUUCGGAGGCCCUCCAAACAUUCUCAUUGAUGGAAGACCUCACUUGGGUACAGAUAAACUUGUCCCUCUGUUGCGGAAUUUCAGACACCACUUAAGAGAGUUGGGCGUUGCCAUAAGAUUUAAUACUAGAGUAGAUGACCUUAUAGUGGAAGGCGGGCAGGUCAAAGGAGUUGUGGUUUCUGAUUCAAAUCUACAGCCAGGUUCUGUUGAUCAGAAACUAUCAUUCGAUGCAGUUGUGUUAGCAGUGGGGCACUCAGCUCGUGACACAUACAGUAUGCUUCUGAGGCAUAAUGUAGAUAUAACCCCCAAGAAUUUUUCUGUUGGUUUAAGAAUCGAGCACCCCCAAGAACUGAUAAACAACAUCCAAUAUUCUGAAUUGGCUGCUGAAGUACAUAAAGGGCGUGGGCGGAUACCUGUAGCAGAUUACAAGAUAGUGAAGUCUAUUGGUGAAGGAGAUGUGAAGAAUGAUAUAGAGCAAGUAGAUCAAAAUCGCAGUUGUUAUUCGUUUUGCAUGUGUCCUGGAGGACAGGUUGUUCUAACUAGCACAAACCCAUCGGAAUUGUGUGUCAAUGGUAUGUCAUUCUCACGGCGAGCGUCUAAGUGGGCAAACUCGGCUCUUGUGGUCACUGUAUCAUCUCAUGAUUUUGAACCAUUUCAAUCCCAUGGUUCUCUUGCGGGCGUAGAGUUCCAGAGAGAGUAUGAAAGAAGAGCAGCUAUGAUGGGGGGAGGGAAUUUUGUUGUCCCUGCACAGUGUGUCACAGAUUUUAUCAGUAACAAAUUGUCAGUUACAACUCUCCCACCAUCAAGCUAUAGGUUGGGAGUUCGUCCAUCCAAACUCCAUGAGUUAUUCCCUCCUUACAUAACUGAAGCUUUGCAACAAUCAAUAACGAUGAUUGACAAAGAGAUGCCAGGCUUUAUUUCUAGUGAAGCCUUACUUCAUGGUGUAGAGACUAGAACGAGCUCCCCCUUGCAAAUCUCACGACACAGGGAGACAUACGAGAGCACGUCACUGCAAGGGUUGUAUCCAAUUGGGGAAGGUGCUGGCUAUGCAGGGGGCAUAGUAAGUGCUGCUGUGGAUGGCAUGUAUUGCGGUUUUGCUUUAGCAAAACAGCUUUCUCUGUUCGCUGGUGAUAUAGAGGCAAUUUUUGGCAAAGCACAAAAACAAACAGGUUCUGUAAAAUAUUGAGUUCUGAUUCCUAGUUAUUUGUUCACACUUCAUAG